GUUUGACUGCAACAAUGAUCGUAGGGUUGGCUUGAAGUAAAACGUAUGUUUAAUUGGGUAAAAUCAUAGAAAUGUUGACCAAAACAUUGAACCAUUUAUUCUGGUGUUGUGUUUUUUUGUACUGUGAGAGGUUUUAUCAUUAAUUUUUGAUUCUUUAAAGUGUCUUGUGCUUCAAACGUUUAGUAGUAGUUUUUUUUUGCACAAGUUAGAAGAAAACGUCAAAAAUUUGAGAUACAACAGAAAAAAUCAUUCUUUUUAUCUAUUGAAGGAUAUUGAAACAAAGCAGCCGCAAUGUCGUCGGUAAAAGUUGCGGUAAGGGUUCGUCCCUUCAACAAUCGGGAAAUACUAAGAGAAGCUCAAUGUAUCAUUGAAAUGUCUGGCAAUACAACGACGAUAAUCAAUCCAAAAGCACCACCAGGAACAAAAGAAGCUGUAAAGAGCUUCAACUAUGAUUAUUCCUAUCAUUCAAUGGAUCCCAAUGAUGAUAAUUACUCAUCACAAAUCAUGGUUUAUAAGGAUAUUGGUGAAGAGAUGCUUCAGCAUGCAUUUGAAGGCUACAAUGUAUGUAUUUUCGCUUAUGGGCAAACUGGAGCUGGUAAAUCGUACACAAUGAUGGGUAAACAAGAAGAAGGUCAAGAAGGCAUAAUUCCACAAAUAUGCAAGGAUCUCUUCCGAAAAAUAAGAAAAAACUCCAGUGAUACAUUAAAACAUUCAGUGGAGGUGUCCUAUAUGGAAAUUUAUUGUGAAAGAGUUCGAGAUUUAUUAAACCCCAAGAAUAAAGGAAAUCUUCGUGUUCGGGAGCAUCCACUUCUUGGUCCUUACGUUGAAGAUUUAUCCAAGCUAGCCGUCAUGUCUUACGAAGACAUUCACAAUUUAAUUGAUGAAGGAAACAAAGCCAGAACUGUGGCAGCAACUAAUAUGAAUGAAACUUCAUCAAGAUCUCAUGCAGUAUUUACAAUAUUCUUCACGCAACAAAAACACGAUCCAACAACGGAUUUAGUUACUGAGAAAGUCAGUAAAAUUUCAUUAGUAGAUUUAGCAGGUUCAGAAAGGGCUGAUUCAACAGGAGCUAAAGGAACCAGAUUGAAGGAAGGUGCUAACAUCAAUAAAAGUUUGACAACACUUGGAAAAGUUAUCAGUGCUUUAGCUGAAAUUGCUGCUACCAAAAAGAAGAAAAAAGCUGAGUUUAUCCCGUACAGAGAUUCAGUAUUAACCUGGUUAUUGAGAGAGAAUCUUGGAGGAAAUUCCAAAACGGCCAUGAUCGCAGCUGUCAGUCCAGCAGAUAUUAAUUACGAUGAAACACUAUCGACACUUAGGUAUGCUGAUAGAGCUAAACAAAUUGUCUGCAAGGCUGUGGUUAACGAAGAUGCCAAUGCGAAGCUCAUUCGAGAGCUCAAAGAAGAGAUUCAGAAACUUCGGGAAUUACUGAAACAAGAAGGAAUAGAGUUCUUAGAAGGGCCAGACGGUAGAUACAGUUAUGAAAAGAAAGAAAAUAGAGAUGACGUUAUUAUAAAACCAACUAAACGAGAAGAAGAUUUGAAAGAAGUUCGUCAAAGACUUCCAUCUCAUCCAACAGCAGAAGAAGCUGUAGAUCAGUUGCAAGCUUCAGAAAAACUCAUUGCUGAAUUAAACGAAACAUGGGAGGAUAAACUCAAGAGAACAGAAUUAAUUCGUCAUCAACGAGAAGCAGUAUUCGCAGAAAUGGGAGUAGCUGUAAAAGAAGAUGGAGUUACAGUUGGAGUAUUUUCUCCAAAGAAAACUCCACACUUAGUCAAUUUAAAUGAAGAUCCACUUAUGUCUGAAUGUCUUAUUUAUUAUAUCAAAGACGGAUUAACAAGAAUCGGCUCAGCGGAAGCGAAUAUACCCCAAGAUAUUCAGCUUUGUGGUCCUCAUAUCUUGAGUGAACACUGCGUCUUUGAAAAUCACGAGGGUAUUAUUACUCUUAUUCCAAAAUCAGGAGCUUUAAUAUACGUUAAUGGAGCAGCAGUUAGUGAGCCAAUUAUAUUAAAGACCGGAAGCCGAGUUAUUCUUGGUAAACAUCAUGUUUUCAGGUUUAAUCAUCCUGAACAAGUAAGAGAACGUCGUGAGAAAAACUCACCAGCUGAAACCCCUGGUAAUGCAGAAAUAGUAGACUGGAACUUCGCACAAAGUGAAUUGCUGGAAAGUCAAGGUAUUGAUUUAAGAGCCGAAAUGGAUAAGAGGUUAAUGAUGUUAGAAGAACAACAUAGAAAAGAAAAGGAAACAGCUGAUCAAUUGUUUGAAGAAGAAAGGAAGAACUACAAAGCUCGAAUAGAUGCUUUACAAAAGCAGGUAGAAGAACAAAGUAUGACUAUGUCAAUGUACAGUAGUUAUACUCCAGAAGACUUUAAUAAUAUUGAAGAAGACAUCUUUGUCAACCCAUUGUUUGACGCAGAGAGCAACUGGACUGAGCGGGAGUUCCAGCUGGCCGCAUGGGCUUUCAGAAAAUGGAAAUAUCACCAGUUUACUAGUUUAAGAGAUGAUUUGUGGGGCAAUGCUAUUUUCCUUAAAGAAGCUAAUGCUAUAUCUGUUGAACUGAAGAAAAAGGUUCAAUUCCAGUUCACUUUACUCACAGACACUCUUUAUUCACCAUUACCACCAGAUUUAUUGCCAGCAGAUGACGAAGAGGAUGAUGACAGGCCAUUCCCUCGCACCAUUGUUGCAGUUGAAGUUCAAGACACAAAGAAUGGAGCAACUCAUUACUGGACUCUUGAUAAACUACGACAACGUCUGGAAUUAAUGCGUGAAAUGUAUCAUAAUGAAGCUGAACUAUCACCGACAUCUCCAGAUUAUAAUAUUGAAAGUAUAACUGGUGGAGAUCCUUUCUAUGAUCGUUUCCCCUGGUUCAGAAUGGUCGGAAGAUCAUUUGUGUAUCUGAGUAAUCUACUUUAUCCAGUACCUUUGAUCCAUAAAGUAGCCAUUGUCAAUGAAAAAGGUGAUGUUAAAGGCUAUUUACGAGUCGCAGUGCAAGCAGUAGUCGAAGAGGAAAACAGUGAAUAUUCAAGUGGAGUUCGACAGUCUGCUCGUAUCUCAUUUGAAGAUGACUUGUUUGGUUCUCAUCAACGUGGAACUAAAAAAUCCACCUUAUUAACUCAAACUUUGGAAAAAAAUCAGCAAAUGAUUAUGCAAGAGGAACGUAUUGUUGAAGGCCAGACUGAAACCAAAGAAGGUCUGAAAGAUGAAAAAGAUGAAGAAGUUGGUGAUACUGAUAGUGGAAGAGGAGAUAGCUCAGUCUCGAGUGAUAUGAAGGAGGAAGAACUUCCGGAUCACUUGCAACCCGGCGUCGAGUUUACAUUUAGAGUGACAGUACUCCAGGCUAUGGGUAUUUCAACAGAAUAUGCUGAUAUAUUCUGUCAAUUUAACUUUCUUCAUCGUGAUGAUGAAGCAUUUUCUACUGAACCUGCGAAAAAUACUGGAAAAGGAAGUCCUCCAGGAUUCUAUCAUGUUCAAAAUAUUACUGUUACUGUUACGAAAUCCUUUUUAGAUUACCUUAAAUCGCAACCAAUUGUUUUUGAAGUAUUUGGACAUUAUCAGCAACAUCCACUUCACAAAGAUGCUAAGCUUGAUUACAGUGUUAGACAGCCACCGAAACGAAUGCUCCCACCAUCAAUUCCAAUUAGCCAGCCUGUUCGAUCACCUAAAUUUAGUUCAGUAUUGCCAUCACCAAGUACAUCACACGUUCAUGCAAAAUAUGACGUGCUUGUUUGGUUUGAAAUUUGCGAGCUAGCACCGAAUGGCGAAUAUGUUCCAUCAGUUGUUGAUCACAGUGAUGAUUUGCCAUGCCGGGGUCUUUUCCUGCUCCAUCAAGGUAUCCAGAGGCGUAUUCGUAUUACAAUCGUUCAUGAACAAGCUUCAGAGCUUUGCUGGAAAGAUGUACGAGAAUUGGUAGUUGGAAGAAUUCGUAAUACUCCAGAACCUGAAGAAGAAGACAAUGACUCGUCUGUUUUGUCGUUGGGUCUUUUCCCUGGAGAAUAUUUAGAAAUACCUGGAGAUGAUCGUUGCAUGUUUAGGUUUGAAGCCGCUUGGGAUAGUUCAUUACACAACUCAGCUUUGCUAAAUCGUGUCACUUCAUACGGAGAACAAAUUUUCAUGACAAUUUCUGCUUACUUAGAAUUAGAGAAUUGCGGAAGACCAGCAAUAAUAACUAAAGAUCUCAGUAUGAUCAUUUAUGGAAGAGAUGCUCGCGUUGGACCACGAUCUCUAAAACACUUAUUUAGCGGAAGCUAUCGAAAUCAAGAAGCAAAUCGGCUUAGUGGUGUCUAUGAGCUCGUAUUGCGACGUGCUUCAGAAGCCGGAGUACAAAGACGUCAAAGAAGAGUUUUGGAUACAAGUUCUACGUAUGUCAGGGGCGAAGAAAAUCUUCAUGGAUGGCGACCACGUGGCGAUAGUUUAAUCUUCGAUCAUCAGUGGGAGUUGGAAAAGUUAACAAGAUUAGAAGAAGUUGAAAAAGUUCGACAUACGUUAUUACUAAGGGAAAAAUUAGGAAUUGAUAAAGUUCCUUUGUGUAAUAAAACUAUACAUGAUUUUACCAAGAGCGAAAAGGAAGUCUGUAAUAUGGUAGCCAAAGCAACAAAUGAACCCCAUGCUAGCCCAGUAAAACUAAAAAAAUCUUCAAGCAAAGAUGUUUAUGAACCAUGGGAAAUGACUGAACGAGAAAAGGAGCUUUCUACAAAAUAUAUAAAACUUAUUCAAGGAAGAAUUCCAAGCAAGGAACCCAUGGUUUUAGGUGAUGUGUCACCAGGAGAAGACACAAUAACUGAUAUGUCAGCAUCAAUGAUGUCUUCAGUAGUUUCUUCAUCAUCUCAAGAGUCAGUAUCUUCUACGAAUCAUUCUUUUGAACAGCUCGGGAUAAUAGUGCGGAGCAGGUCUAAGUCGUGCAUCUUUAGGUUGAGCUCACCAGAACGUGCAAGGUUGGCAGAACUUCAAGAAAGUAUGAUGGCUGGUGAUUCUGCUAGUCAAUCAAGUUCUUUAGCACCAGCUCCACUUGGAUCAACUUCUCCGGUUAAAGAGAACCUUGUUCUUUAUGUUCCUGAGGUUGAGGAAAUUCGUAUUAGCCCUGUGAUUGCUAGAAAGGGAUAUUUAAAUGUUCUUGAACAUAAAACGAAUGGCUGGAAGAAAAGAUGGGUGGCUGUAAGGAGACCAUACGUAUUUAUCUUUAGAGAAGAAAAAGAUCCGGUAGAACGUGCAUUAAUUAAUCUUGCAACUGCUCAAGUCGAGUAUUCUGAAGACCAAUUAGCAAUGGUCAAAGUACCUAAUACUUUUAGUGUCGUUACUAAACACAGAGGCUACCUGCUUCAAACUUUAGGCGAUAAGGAAGUUUAUGACUGGUUAUAUGCGAUAAACCCUCUAUUAGCUGGACAAAUAAGGUCUAAAUUAGCACGCAAAGGUCCAUCAAUUGCUAAUAACCCAAACGCAUCUAUUAUUCUCUCAGCAACAGCACCACCACCAGAAAUUCAAUGCCAAGGAAAGUGAGUCACCGAAACAAUUAUCGAGUACGUAAAUGCCAUUACCAAAGCGUCAAAAAUUGUUUUUAGACGUUCUUGCUCAGUACUCGAGACAUCUAAUGAUCUCUAUAAAUUACGAUUUACGGUGAUAUUUGAAUAAAAUUUGGUUCCAUUGAUAAAAAACAUUAUCUGUAGGAUUAAAUCAUUAGUUUAAUAUUCAUUAUUAUUAAUUGAUUACGAGUAAAUUAUUAUUUAUUCUGAGUUAAUAUAUUGCUUAAUGAAAUAUAUUUUGACGAAAAAUUAAUGGAACAUGCAAUGUCAAAUUCUGACGCGGCCUGAAUGAUAUAAUUGUUGGAUACAUAAAUACGUAAACACAAUCAUUAAAGUGUUAUAAGUUAUAAUUUAAUAAAACGGAGAAAAAAAUGAAAGGGAAAUAAAACGGAAAAUUAGUAUUGUUACUAGAAUUGUUUAAUAAACAAAAAAUGCUUAAACUCGCCGAACGUUUUUGAUAACGUUUUUAACGGUUGAUGACUUCAUUCUUCCUGUAUUAAUUGUGUAUUUUCUUAAUAUUGAUAAUUAUCAGUCAACAUUUUACAAUUGGCUAUUGUUUUACAUAAACAAAAUCUACUCUCUAAUUGUUACAAAAAAUUUUUCAACCAAAAAAAUAAUGAUGAUUAGGGGAUAAGUUAUAUAUCAAUAAUUAUCAGUGGUAAACUAUUGAUAAAAAAGAGCAAUU